AUGGUGUCCAUGGAGUCUGGAGACAACGAUGAGAGCGGUAAUUCUGUGGAUGUGGACCCGCCAGCUGUGUGGCAUCCGUCCUGGAACGCCUGGCAGCAGUACUUCGUACAGUACUGCGAGAGAACGAGGCAGGUUCUACCUGUUAAGGAUACCAUGUCUCGGGCUGAGCGACUGAAGCGGUUGAAGAAGACCAAGAAAGCAGAUGAUGACUCUAUAUUACUACCUGAAGGUUGCGAUCCCUAUCAACGAGUGUACAUAUGCCCUCAUGGCUGGAAGAAGCGGAAAUCACGAAGCGAAGGGACGCGGUCUCGCCAGCACAUUCGCUUGACGGAUUGUCCCUUCCGCUUUGUGGUUCAAUGGAACGUGGCUCGAGAGCAACUACAAGUGAAGAAUGGAGUGUACACCCACAAUCACCAAGUUUCAACCCAAGCGUACGCGACCUAUCCAGUUUCGCGUGGAGUUCACGAUCCGGUUGUAGGAGCGCGUGUGGAAGGCAUGCUGUCUGCGGGAGCUAAGCGCUCUCGCAUUUACGACUACUUACUGGAGCAUGACCAAAACGUCAUACAAGUUGACGUUGAUAAUCUCGUCCGGGACCACUCAGGCUCUCUCUCUACGCAGGAUGAUAACGAGGCUACAGCGCGCGAGAUUGCUGCGUUCGCUGCAGCGGACCCGGAGAACCUAUCCUUAGUGUCUGAAACGGAUGCAGGUGAAACAGGAGUCAUUUCACUGGCUACCGCUCACAUGCGGCGUAUCUAUGGUCGUUUCAGCGAAGUUCUCCUCGUCGAUUGCAGCCACAAGACCAACCGGUGA